AUGCCGCGCGCCUCAGGGGUCUCGAAUCCCCCGGCAGCCGCCGCCACCGCCUCGGCCGCCGCCGCCGCAUCCUCCAGGAACGUGAGCAGAAAUGCUGGACACUCUGGCCCAUCUUGCAGUGCACCUGUGUAUCAGUUGUUUCGCCCUGUUACUCGUUCUAUGACCUGUGGGUCUGAUCCUAUCGUGGCUUCACCUGGUUUCAAGCACUCAGUUAGCUGCUUCACGAUUGACUGCCACUCAUGCCCGGACCCCUCUAAAGUGACUUCAUCUGGUUGGAAACCUCUUACUCAACCUGUUGCUCUGAAUGAAGAGAGGAAAUGUGCAAGCCUUACAAUCAACCCUACUGCUAAGCGUUCCAGAGUUGCUUCUUCCCGAGCUGUCAAAGAUUCAAUCAACCAUUCAGCUUCAAAAGCUAACUCAAACGUUGCCAGUGGCAAGAAGUACAGAGAUGAAGAAAUUGUGAGCCUGGGCGAUCAGUCAGAUGGAGCUGUCAUGCCAUCUCCCACAAAGAAGCUACAAAUAUGCAAAGGCCUUUCAGAUGCACCUUCAAUAAGGAAAUCAACUAUCAGAAUCCUGGGUGUUAAGGGAGCUGCUCUACCACCCACAGGGAAAUCUCAAAUUGAAACUGGGAAAAGCUUUGCUAAUGCUCCAGCAGAAGUGAUUUCUGCUAGUACAAAUGAGAUCAGUCAGUCAGAUAAUGCAGCUGUCCCAUCACUUGCACAGCAAUUGCAACCUGACACUGCAAAGAACUCCAGUGUCACCAUGCAUAUCCAUGAAACAAGUAAAGUCAAUCAGUUGGCUGCUACAGUUGCUACAUUACCAAGGCCGAUCCUUCAAAAUGAUUACAAUAAGAAGCCUUCCUAUGUACCAAUAAUGGCUAACCAGGCCAGUGGGUUGGCUGGUGCGACUGCUCCCUUGAUUACACCAAAGUUAGAAAUCGGAAACAUGAAGGACAGUUCCAAUCCUCUCUCAAAUCCUGCUUACACAAGGGCGCUUUUAAUCAAGCAGCAAGAGCAGCUGCUUCAGCAAUUUAAAUUGGGUAGUUCACAGCAGCAGCGGCAGGAACAGCAGCUCUACAUAAAAGGGCCAGCUCUGUUUGAGAAUGAUGACCCGCCACCGGUUGAGCCGCUGGGAACAAGGUGCCAGCUCUGCAAGCUUGAUAUUGCUUUCCGGCCACAAGGGGAUGCUGGCCGUGAUGCCAAUGCUCCUCCAGUCGUUGCGGUUCUGGCAUGCCACCAUGUGUUCCACAGCAGCUGGCCACAGAGGAUCCGCGUCUCCGCGAACAUGGCUACGGGAGAAGUGGUUGUUGCUGGCGGGGAGCGAGGGAGCAGCCAGGCAUGGAGGAGCCCGUUCCGGCUGAACCCCCCAGGAUUUUCUGGAAGUCAAGGAGAUCAGGACCGUGAGAUCAAUGGACUGAACGAGCAGUUAGAGGAAGACUCCCGUGUGCUGGAGCUUCUACAGAAGCAGCUUGCCGAUGAGCGCAAGAAGCGGGCAGAGAUUGAGAAGGAAAAUUCUAUGCUUCAUGAGCAGGUGACCAUGCUGAUGAACAUGCUGGACGAAAAUGAGGGUUUUGAUGAGGACGGAGAAGCUCCGCAGCCCGAUUCCUUUGAUUAA